AUGGCCGAGCCAGAGGAUGCAGGAGCCAACCCGGUGAAUGAGCCACUCGACCUAGUGCGCCUAUCACUCAACGAGAUUGUGUUUGUGAAGCUCAGAGGAGACAGAGAGUUGCAGGGCAGGCUACACGCGUACGACAGUCACUGCAACUUGGUCCUUGGCGAUGUUUCGGAGACGGUAUACGUGGUAGACGAGGAGGAUGAGCAAGAGAACGUGAGGACGGUGAAGAAACAGUCGGAGAUGCUGUUUGUGAGAGGCGACAGCGUCGUCCUGAUAUCGCCACAGCAAUAG